AUGGGAGAAGAUGUGACGUUACCCAUUGGCCUGCCGAAUGGAAUGUCCCAAGCAUCACACCACGAUUCAUUACUGGCUCAAAUCAAUGCCGGCUCAAGGUGCAAUCCCUUAAUUCAAUCCACGUUCGGAAAACCAGACUCUGUUGGGGAGCCGAAACUUACCCCGAUCGCCACUUGUCGAUCUGUCAGUUUACCGGAUAUUAUCGAUAGCACGACGGUUAAAACAUCGCCGGUGCUUAAGUUUCAACCUGGAAAUAAAGAAGGAGAGAACUGGACACAAAGAAAAGAGAGAAUUGAAUCGGCUUUAGCCUGGGUUCGUUCUGAACUGUCUAUCUAUCUAUCUAUCUAUCUAUCUAUCUAUCUAUCUAUCUAUCUAUCUAGUGUCUAUCUAUCUGUCUAUCUAUCUAUCUAUCUAUCUAUCUAUCUAUCUAUCUAUCUGUCUAGUUGUCUAUAUCUAUCUAUCUAUCUAUCUAUCUAUCUAUCUAUCUAUCUAUCUAGUGUCUAUCUGUCUAUCUAUCUGUCUAUUGUCUUUAUAUCUGUCUAUCUAUCUGUCUUCUUGUCUAUCUAUCUAUCUAUCUAUCUAUCUAUCUAUCUAUCUAUCUAUCUAUCUGUGUUUUCUGCCUGUUUUUCUAUCUAUCUAUUAGAACAACAACAAAUCUCAGAACAACAAGAAAUCUUAUAUUCUAAAAUAAAAUCUAUCUAUCUAUCUAUCUAUCUAUCUAUCUAUCUAUCUAUCUAUCUAUCUAUCUAUCUAUCUAUCUAUCGUAUAGUUUUAUGUGUAGGAAGGAUGAAAGUAAAAAUAUGUUAUUGUAUCUGA